AUGACUCACAAACAUUGCUUUGAAGCCUUGGAUAGGAGUUUACGCGAUGUCAUUCGUUGUCCUAAUGGUAAACCAUCUGAAUUAAGCUUUGGCGGCAAAGUUGUUAUCUUUGAUGGUGAUUUUAGGCAAGUUCUGCCAGUGAUCCCAAAGGGUACGAGACAAGAUAUUGUAUUCGCUACACUAAAGUUAUCAAAUAUUUGGAAUGAUUGUAAGGUGCUACGACUUACAAAGAACAUGAGAUUGCGACCAGGAUUAGCUAAUGUUGAUGAACUACGAGAAUUUGCAUAUUGGAUUCUCAAAGUUGGGGAUGGAAAGCUCGGAGGACCUAAUGAUGGAGAGACUAUUAUUGAUAUACCCGAAGAUAUAUUAAUAAAGGAUGCAUAUGAUCCAAUAGCUGCAAUUGUUGAUGCAACAUAUCCUGGAAUUCAUGAGGGCUCAACUGAUAGUUCAUACUUUCAUGAGAGGGCAGUUUUAGCACCAACCAAUGAGAUUGUUGAUAAGGUUAAUGAGCAUGUAUUGUCACUUAUAGCUGGAGAAGAGAAUAUGUAUUUGAGUUCGGAUUCAAUCGACAAAUCUGACGGUAUUUAUGGUACAAAUAAUGAUGCUUUUUCAAUUGAGUUUCUCAACUCAAUACGUGCAUCUGGAGUUUCAAACCAUAAAUUAUUGUUAAAAGUAGGUGCUCCAAUAAUGAUGCUCAGGAAUAUGGAUCAGUCAACAGGCUUAUGCAAUGGUACACACAUGGUUGUUGAUCAUCUUGGUGAUCGGGUCAUACAAGCAACAAUUAUAUCUGGAUCUAACAUUGGCCAUAAGGCAGUUUUUCGUGUCUUUGUGUUUGGGAUGACGAUCAAUAAAAGUCAAGGACAAUCACUAUCACACGUUGGUUUGUUCCUACCUAAGCCUGUUUUUAGUCAUGGACAAUUCUAUGUUGCAAUUUCUAGAGUGACUAGCAGAAAAGGUUUAAAAAUUCUCAUAUGUGAUAAGGAUGGUCAAAUAUGUGAUCGCACUGAAAAGGUUAUGUACAAAGAGAUAUUUCAAAUUCUAUAA